UCACUCCUCAAUCCUCACACAUCUCGUGGGGCAUGGGCAUUGUGGUGGCACUUGCAGCGUCUCUAUGUUUGGUGUUGGUGGUGUUUACCGGCGUGGUCACAUGCUCACCAGGACACUGGAAUCUCCGCCGAUCACGGAGCGAGGGUUUGUGUGCUCAGCUCAUUCAACCCUCUGGGUAUCCCUGCUCAGAACACACAGUUCAAACUAAGGAUGACUACAUCUUAGCUCUUCAACGUGUUUCUGCUCAAGCAGGCGGAGAUAUCAAAGUCAAUCCCGGCCCUCCAAUUUUCCUUCAACAUGGCCUCUUUCUGGGAGGAGAUGUAUGGUUUGUGAAUUCACUUGAACAAUCCUUAGGAUUCAUCCUAGCUGACCAAGGGUUCGAUGUAUGGGUUGGAAAUGUACGAGGUACUCAUUGGAGUCAUGGACAUGUUUCUUUUUCUGAGAAGGAUAAGGAAUUCUGGGAUUGGAGUUGGCAGGAACUGGCUCAAUAUGACCUUGCUGAAAUGAUUACCUAUGUGUACUCAAUAACAAACUCCAAAAUUUUCUUCGUGGGACAUUCCCAGGGAACCAUCAUGGCUUUAGCUGCUUUCACUCGACCAGAUAUAGUAGAGAUGGUUGAAGCUGCAGCCUUACUUUGCCCUAUAUCUUAUUUGGGUCAUAUCAGUGCUCCAUUUGUACUUAGAAUGGUUAGCAUGCAUCUUGAUCAGAUGCUUCUGGCUAUAGGCGUCCAUCAGCUUAAUUUUAGAAGUGACAUGGGUGUUCAGUUAAUGGACAGUGUGUGUGAUGGUCGUAUUGACUGUAGCAAUUUACUCUCUUCUAUUACGGGGAAGAAUUGUUGCUUCAACGAGUCACGAGUGGACUUCUAUCUUCAAUAUGAACCUCAUCCGUCAUCAUCAAAGAACUUGAAUCAUCUUUUUCAGAGUAUGAACUUUGCGGUUUUUGUUUGAUUUGAUUUGAUUUGAUUUGAUUUGAUUUUAUUUUUUUAUUUUUUAUUUUUUUUUAUUUUUUUUUUAUUUUUUUUUUAAUUCGGUUGCAGUAUCUUCUCUUUGUCAUUCAUGUCUUUGCAGGAACUAUUAACGCAUGUCUUAAACAAAAAAGAGAUUUGCACAGAGCUACACUAGUAUGUCAAAGGAAAAGGAAAAAAACAAAGAUAGCAUACAUAUAUGAUGUACAAUCAGAAACUUGUAAAUGAGAUUACAUUUUUAACUUGGGGAGAUGAGGAUUCCAUAAAUUUCCCAUUCCAAAAAUAGAAAGUUCAAACCAAUUGGGAGUUUUUAUGGUAAUUGGAAGCAAUUACUAA